AUGUCCGGCCUAUUGGGGCACGGUACGCUUUGCUCACAUACCUCACUACGGACAUGGCACUGGUUGCAACCACAGCGUGUCGGCUCCGGCUUCCUAGAUCUUGGUUCCUAUCGGGAAGACAAGGUUAGUCACGUUGCAAGCGUUGUGUGUUUUUCCUUCUGGAAGGUAGGCAAAGAUGGGUGUGCAUGGUAUAUGGCACCGGUAUCACAGUGA